AUGGCAGGAGAAGCAGAGUACUGGUCGUUUCCGACCAAUCCAGAAGAGUUCGACCAAGAUGAGCGCAUAUCUUUUUCCAAGCUCGACAACAAGUACAUUGCAGUGCAAGACGACGGGACUGAGUACGAAUUCGAUCAUGGGUUGAGGCGCUGGAUCCCCAUCAUCGACGAAGCCCUGAUUGAGGAGCAGCAGAAAGGCUAUAUGAUGCCCAAUGCCGAUGACUCCCACGAUGAUCGACAGGGUGGCCCGCAGGGAAGAAAGAGGAAGAUGGACCACUCGAACGACCGCGAGGUAAGCUGCGCGCGCAUGCACAACUGCAGCGUCGGCCGUCCCGCACGCCGCCACGCAUUCCUUCUCCCAUAG